AUGGCAGUGGAGAGCCCCUCAUCCCAACCGACAACACAAGUUCGCUUAAUCCCCUGGGAUUUCGAGUCCCCCGAUCACAUCCAACGAUUGAUUCUCCAACGAGUCGCAUGCGGAUGGGCUGAAGAUUUGGUCUCGCCCAAGUGGGCAGGACUUCAGCGGGAAGGACACAAAUCACUUCAUUGGAUCGUGCUUUCCUCUCCAGAUUCUGCAAUGGAUGAUCAAUUGGUACAAAAACAUAUAUCAAGUUUCCCUUCGGAAUCUAGCCCGCUUUUAGACACUGCAACUUCAUUAGGUGGACAAUCUGUCACACCCUCUUUCAACUCUUCAUUUGUUCCUGUCGGCCACAUAUCUUUGGAUUCGGAUGGCGCCGAUAGUGUUGGAAAGCUGUCUUACGGUCUUAAGGAUAUCUAUCGGAUCACCAACUUCUAUGUUUCCAAGGCCUUGCAAAGCAAUGGUGUAGGUAGACAGGCGAUGGAUGCUCUAGAACGUAUGGCUGUCGCAAAGCCGUUGUGUGCGAAAACUUUGGCACUGAACACCGCGGCCAACGAUUUUGAGGGGUGGGAAAACUCAUAUCACGCGGUAGGAGUGCCGCUGCCUCAAUACGCCGUUGCAGAUUGGUAUAGACGCAGAGGUUAUGUCGAGUACAAAAGGGUUGACGAUGCUUUUUGGCAUACCGACAGUAGCGGAAAAGAAUGGCCUUUUAUGGCAUCAGACUUGGUAAACACCAUCAUUCCAACGCCAGGUACAAGAACAGCACCCCCCGGAUAUCGAGUUUUCAACUUCUCCAUCAACGAUCACUCACAAACCGGAACCAUGAUUACCCAAGCCUAUUUCCUGACACUCGUCCUCGCCUUUUUCGCGAAAAUCGCUCUCGCAUCUGACAUCUUCCCACGCGCCAACCCUUUCGUGCGUGUAGGCUGUUACCCCGAACCGACAGGCGCCAAAAUCCUCUCAGUGCUACGAGCGACAAAUACGAGGAUGACUAUCUCAAUGUGUGAAACCGCCUGCGCUCUUACCUUUUGUAUGGAUUGGAGAACGGAAACACUUGCUACUGUGGAAAUGGAGUUCGGACUGGUACCACUCGAGGGCCAGACAGCGCGUGCUACGUGGGAUGCGGUGGUAACCUGGCCCAGAAUUGCGGCGGAGCGAUUAGACUUAGUCUUUACUAUCGUCAGCCACCUUCUAAAUUGA